AUGGCACCGGUGUCGGCGCUCGCCAAGUACAAGCUCGUCUUCCUGGGGGACCAGUCCGUCGGCAAGACCAGCAUCAUCACCCGCUUCAUGUACGACAAGUUCGACAACACCUACCAGGCUACAAUUGGUAUUGAUUUUCUGUCGAAGACAAUGUACCUUGAAGAUAGAACUGUGAGACUCCAACUCUGGGAUACAGCUGGUCAGGAAAGGUUCAGGAGUUUAAUUCCAAGCUAUAUCAGAGACUCUUCAGUUGCUGUCAUUGUAUUCGAUGUUGCAAGCAGGCAGUCCUUCUUAAAUACAUCUAAGUGGAUAGAGGAAGUUCGCACUGAGAGGGGCAGUGAUGUUAUUAUUGUGCUUGUUGGGAACAAAACUGACCUUGUUGACAAGAGGCAAGUCUCGAUAGAGGAAGGGGAAGGCAAGGCGAAGGACCUUGGUGUCAUGUUUAUUGAAACCAGUGCUAAAGCUGGGUUUAACAUUAAGGCGCUGUUCCGUAAAAUUGCUGCUGCACUUCCUGGAAUGGAGACACUCUCAUCAGCGAAGCAGGAAGACAUGGUUGAUGUGAACUUGAGGUCCGGCAAUGCAAACUCGUCCCAGUCUCAGGCUCAGGCUGGGGGAUGCAGUUGUUAG